AUGGUCUCUAUGGUCGAGACCUCUCAUCCUGAUCAGAAUGACAUGGUCAUGGACCCUGUCGUGCCUAAGACCGAGCCUAUGCUAGAUGGCUCCAUCAGUUCGACGGUGUCAACGCCAGAUCCCGAGGUCGAAGCCUUGACUCAAGACCCUGCGCAGACUCAAAAGCGUAAAGGUGGUCGAAAACCUAUUUACGCCACUUCCGAAGAACGGAAGCAGCGCAAUAGGCAGGCUCAAGCUGCUUUCCGUGAACGCCGCACGGAAUAUAUUCGGCAGCUGGAGACCACUAUCAAGCGCAAUGAAGAGUCCUUGCAGAGCCUACAGCAGAGCCACCGCAGCGCCGCAGAUGAAUGUCUGAUGCUGCGGUAUAAGAACUCCUUGCUGGAGCGCAUCCUGUUAGAGAAAGGUAUUGAUGUGCAAGCUGAGCUGCGGAUAAAGACUGGGGCUCCAGGUGCUCAGCCAAAGACCACUCCUAUGCCACCUAAGCCGCCGGGUCCCACAGGGUCUCGGCCCACGCCGAGGCACCCUGGCAUCACGUCCAAACCUGAUGCAUUUGCCAUGUCACAGCGUGAGGGCGCGUAUGGUGUGCCGUCGCCACAGUUUCAGGCUACGCCAACGUCUCAUGUGUCAUCACCGUCGCAUGCCAAGUCACCUGGCUUUGGCUUCCAGACUGGCAUGUCCCCCGUUGACCAGCAAGGGGCAGGACGUCCACAGCUGCUACCUCAACCGAGGCCUUUCAAUAACCAGACCUCACCACCGGCUAUCAGUAUGCCGCAGUCGGAUCCGAAUGAGCCUAAGCUUCGGGUGCCGCGUGGUCAGCAGCGAGUUGCAGCUAAUUAUUACCCAUCUCCUUUCCAGAAACAUUAUGAUCAACUGGAACAAGAGUAUGAUGCACAAGCUGACAUGGUGGAUGAUGACCAUGACGGCUCAGUAAAUACACCAUAUGUCCCCGGGUUCACACCGCAGUCGGUCGCCUCCGGCUCGCAUAACUUGUCUGGAUUCCCUCCUGCCGGCGGGGACGGAACGCCCGGAGAGUUCGGAAAUGCAAACCAGCUUCUCGGUCAGUAUGAACCGAUGCUGGAUGCUGAUCCGUUUGGACUCAGUGCAAGCAUGCAUUUCCCUACGCCGUUCAACUAUGAACAGAACAAUCCCCGCAAUUAA